UCCUUUCGCAGCGAGGCGACAUGGCCAAGACCGUGGUCCAGACCGCGCUGGCGGCCUUGCUGGCCUGCUCGGUGCUCGUCCCGGCGCGCUGCGCCGUCGUGUCCCUGGUGGACGUGACGGGCACCACCCCGCGGACGCUGGCCGACGAGCCGGGCGUGUCCUUCGUCGGCUACCAGGAGCCCCAAGCACCUGCCCGUCGACCCGGCGUCGUCAGCCUGAGCGACGUGACGGGGCUGACGCCGGAGCAGCACGCCGCGCUGGGCGGCAACGCGUACACUGGCCUGCAGCAGCCCGGGUACACCGGGUACACCGGCACCGUCAACCUGGUGGACGUGAACGGCGUGCCGCGGCCGCACCAGGGCGGCGUCGUCAGCCUGACCGACGUCACCGGCGUGGCGCCGCAGUACCUCGCGCAGCCCGCGCCGCCGCCGCACCCCCAGCCUCUGCACCCUGAGCAAGGCUACGACCCCCAGCGCCCCUACUCGCCCUGCUACGUCCCGGGGGCACACGCCUACACGCAGCCCCAGCACCCGGUGAGCGCCGUGCACCAGGGCGGCGUGCGGCUGCCGCGGUCCAAGCGCUCCCCGCAGCACGGCGUCGUCCGCCUGUCCGACGUGGCGGGCCCCGGCGCCGGGCGCUACCCUUCGUACGGCCCGCCCGCCUACGUGCGGCCCUACCCCUACUACAACUACGGCUACAGCAGCUGGUACCGGCCGCGGCCCUACUACAGCGUGCUGCCCGUGCCUUGCUUUGAUUUAACCGCUGACGGUUGGGUGGCGCGCAGGCCUGCUGUGCCUGUGACCGUGCCGCAGCGUGACCAGCGUGACCAGCGUGACCGGGAGCCCCUGCAGCCCGAGACACCCGAGUGGCCCCAGCCCGCGACCCGGCGGCCCGGCCCCAGCGAGAAGCUGGUCGAGCAGCACUCCGACGACAUCCCCCCGGAGUUCAUCCGCCGCCGACGUUGAGAACCCCACCGCCAAGGACCGACAACACCAAUAAUUUAUUUCCCCAACUAUUUUUGUAAUAAAAUAAAACUGAAAACCGCCA